UAAUAAAGUGAUUGAACAUGAAAAAAUUAAAAUAAUAUUAGUUUUUUUUUAUUAUUAAAAAAUUUAAAUAUAAAAAUAAAAAAUUCUUCAAAAAACAUACACACAAACGCAUUCACAUACACACAGAGUAGCAUGUAUAAUCAAUAAAUGUGAUGAUGGUUUCAAUAAUGUACUCUGAAAAUGAUGUUAACAACAAAAAAAAAAAAUAAUAUUAAUUUUAUUUUUUUAAUAAAAUCAAAAAAAUUCAAAAAAUUUUGAACGUCACGAUCAUUAAAACCUCUUCCAAAUAUAACACACGAAAAUAUUUAAUGAGAUACGAGAAAAAUUUAAAAAGGAAUUUUUAAAGUAUAAAUAGAUAAGAUAAAGAAGAAAAUAUUUGUAUUACAACAAAAAAAAAAACCAACAGAAAAAUAAAAAGGACUGGAAAAGAAAAACAAAAUUUUUCUUCCACCUUCGGUUAAAUUAUAAUAUGCAGCUUAUGACGUUCAAUUCACUUCUGAUGUUUGACAUAGUGUUUAUGUUUUUUCUGUUUUUAGUUGGUGUUACCUGUUUGGUUUAUUAUUUACCAACUGGUAGACCACAUAGACCAUUUGUACAAACAGCUGAAUCAUUAUUAGAAGCAGAAAAAUGUCGUUAUCGGCAUCGACAUCUUCAUCUGCUCAGCCAAAAAAAUGGCCAUGCUGAUAGAAUUCUAACGGAUGAGGCAUCAUCAGAAUACGAGGAUGACGAAGAAGAAGACAUUAACGAUGAUGAAAGUGAUGAAUUUGAAGAAAUUCCAAAAACUCAAUCUAGAAAACAUCAUCAACAACUACAGAAUAAACAACAUAGUUGUCAUAUACAUAACCAAAAUCAAAAUGAUGAACCGUGUUUAGAUGCUAAGGAAAUAAAUUUUAUUGAAAGAAAUGAAAUUGAGCUUGUAAAAUUACGUAAUAAAGGUUAUUAUCCUUUACCACGGCAACAACAACAUCAGCUACAAUUCAGUCAACGUAAAGAGAAUAAUAUUUCUCAUAAAAGAAAUAAAAUUUUAUACCAUUGUUGUCCGCCAUGUAAUUUAAGCGAUUGUGAAAAUUUUUAUAUCAGUUACGAGGAUCCUAGUAACAUUACUAGUAACACUAGUAGUAGUAGUAAUAAAGGCAAUAAUAAUGAAAUAUUUACUAGUAGUAUGAUAACUACCUAUAAAGACACUGAUACUAUCAAUACUAUAAGAGAUGAUAAUAUUAGCUCUUCAGCACGAUUAGUAUAUUUAAAUGGUAUUCCAACAUCAAAAAGUAAUGAAAUUAGUAAGGGAAGCAAUAUCGGAUGUAAUAUUAGUCGAAGUGCUAUCAGUGAUUUUAUUGAUAUUGAUAAUAUUCAUAAGAAUAGAAAAAAUAAUUAUAUUGACUAUAAAAAAAAUUCUCCCUUAUUAAAAUUAAAAUCAAAGGCAAUUGUUAAUAAAAAACAAACAUCAGCGGCAGCAGCUAUAGCAAAAUCUAUAAUAGAAAUUAAAGAAGCUAAUAAAAUUCAGCCAAUUCUAUCAUUACCAUCUUCAAUAUUAUCUACAAUAGAUGAAAAAACGAAUGUUCCUGAUGACGAAGUUGACGGUAUUGAUGAUGAUGACGAUGUUGAUGAUGAUGGUGAUGUAGAUGAUGCCUUCGAUAAUAAUGAUGAUGAAUAUGAAGAAUAUAUUUAUGAAGAUGAUGAUUGCUGUUCUACAACAUCAGUUGAUAUUGUUUUAGCUGAGGGAAUUGAUGAAGAUGCUUCAAAUGUUAUUAUAUAUGAUAAUAAAAGAAAAUGUCAACAUAAUUGUAAAAAUAGAUAUAUAAAUAGUAAUAGAAUAGCAUCACAAACUAAAAAGGCAUUUAACAAUAAUAACAAUAGUAAUAACAAUAAUAAUAAUAAUAAUAAUAACAGUCAACAUACAUCUUUAAAUAUUAAUGCAGCUGCUUUUGCUGCUGCUGCAACAUUACGCGAACAUUUUUAUAUAAUUAAAGAGACUGAAAAAAUUAAAGAAGGAACAACAUCCUUUUGUAAUAAUUGCAAUUUACAAAAUUAUUCAUCAACAUCAUUACCAUCAUCGUCAUCUUGUACUAAUUCGUUGUCAACAACAUCAACAUCACCACAUCUGUCUUCAGCUCAUCAAGUCUUACAAAGCUGUAAUAAUAUUCCAUGUCCUUUAUUAUCAUCGUCCUCAAUACGUUGUACAGCUUUUAACACGUCACCAUUAUUAAAUAUUUCAACACCAUUAAUAUCUUCGCCAUCAUUUGUACCAUCACCGCCUGAUUCACCUAUAUUAUCAACACAAUUACCAUAUAUAUCAUCACCAUCAUCUAGAUUAAGAUUUUCUUCAUCAUCUUCUUCUUCUUCUUCAAAUAUUCCAGCAUUGGCACAUCAACCAUAUUGUUGUCAUGUAAAAGCUAAAUCAAAUGAUUUGAAGGAUUGUGUGGGACCUAUUGUGGAUGUAUAGAAUUUUUGGUUGCACACUGAAAUAAAUCAAAAAUAUGUAGGAAAGGAGAAAACAAAUUUUGCAGAUUUCAAUUCAUUAAAUUUUAAUAAAACACAAUCAUAUCACUCAUCAAAUGAAAAAUUAAUACAAAAUGAUAAAAGUAAUCAU